GGUUGCUUGUUUCCUGCGGCAGUUACCUGGGGAGGGAUGGCUGACGGUUGCGGAGGUCUCCGCCCGCCUCACUGUGGUACUCUGUGGCCUUUCUUAGGAUGUUGAACUCGGCCACUAUUAUUUUUUUAGGAUGAUUAGCAAAGGGCCGAGGUUGUUGGACUUGACCAAAACCCCGUCGCAUCUUCAGUUUAACAAAUAUGUCCUGACGGGCUACCGUCCGAUGUCCACUGCUCAGGAGUGUCUCCAGAGCCUGUUUUACAUGCACAAUGAACUGGGAAACAUCUACACUCAUGGUAUCCCCUUCUUCCUCUUCCUGGUACUGCUACCCUUCAGCAUCCCAUGGAGAGAUGUUGACAGUAUCUGGAUUGGUGUGGUCCACUACCUGGCCUGCUUAAGUCCCACUGUGGGUUCUGUGGUGUACCACGUGUUCAUGAAUCAUGUGGGUGGGGAGCACGUGUAUGACGCCUUGCUGUCGCUGGACAUGUUUGGGGUCUGCUUGGUGAACAGUUUAGGUGCUCUUCCAAUCAUCCACAUCACGCUCCUCUGCUUCCCGACCGUACGGCAGGUCGCCAUGUUGACCUACGUCUUCCUGUCAGCCUACAGCAUCUACUGCGCCACCACCGCCCGCACAAAUAUCCUGCGUCUGCGGGCCUUCGUGUGGCAGGUCCUGUUCCGUUUCAGCCUCUUCCUGUUCCGGGUCUACGGCAGUGGAGUGGGCAGCCCCAACUCUCUGAGGCUCUUUGUCAUCAUGGACACUCUAGCUGUCCUGGGGGGUCUAGUCAAUGUAAUCCAGAUACCCGAACGCUUCAGUCCAGGUCUGUUUGACAACUGGGGGAACAGCCACCAGAUAAUGCAUGUCAUGGUUAUUUGUGGCAUCGUUUACCUGCACUGGGGGACUCUGGAGGAUCUGACCUGGGUUAAGAACUACCAGUGUCCUACUCAGUGAACCUGUUUUUAGCAUUAAAUGAAUUGAUGGAGACUAUUUAUUAAAAUGCACUUUGCCCUGGUGGCAAAAAGGGACAACUUAGUGUUAAAUCUGCGUGACCAUGUUUAAGUUUUAUUUUGAAUAGCAUAAAUAAUAUAUUUUUACAUCUAA